AACAUGUCGCGCCCCUGGGAGGCGUCUGAAAACCUCUAGUUUUCGUAAUUUCGUUCACGGGAUAAUGAUAUAGAGCACCACAACUUAUAACUCUAACAACAAUGUCUGAAUGAGGAGUGACAUUGAUCCGCUCUUCCCUCGCUACCCAGAGGAAUAAUCGAUAAUAAUUGACGAAAAUUAUUCCAUAAAGUAUUGUUGCCAUGAAUAAAUAACAACUUCUGCGGAGAUCAUUGAAUUAUUCACCGGCUAGACGUUAGGUCGCCAAAAUGUAGCAGUUGUCGUCUAACGAGCCCCUGCUGUAGCAUUAGAAAUUCGAUGGCAGGUUCGGAAAUGGCUCAAGUCCCUCAUCAUCCUCCAACAUAUGUCACCUUCAACUUGAAGUACUUGACGCUCAGCGGUUUAUGGAAUCCGUACAACGAUUAUCGAAAGUGGUUUUACAAUAUUUAUUGCGGUAUGAUAGCAUUUCUCGUCGUUAUCAUACGGACUCUUGGAUAUAUGAGCCAUGCAUGGUCAGUACAUGAUGAUUUUGUGCGGUUGACAUUAUCCGGGUUUUUAGCAUUCGCUUUCACAUGUGGUUGCUUGAAAAACAUCAAUCUCCUAUGGCGUCGAUCGGAUAUUAACUUCAUCGCGACAACCCUUCAAUGGGAAACGAGUCUCCCAUGCUCCAAAGAAACUGCUCUAUACAGAGACGAAAUGGUACCGCAAACCAUCAAACUAUCAAAAUUAUUUACCAUAAUAUGGAUACUAGACGCACUCUUCUGCGAAAUGUUUUUUUACUUGGAGUGUUUGGAUGAAAAUAGGAGAACACUCAACGAUGUUUUAAUCGGUUACACUUGCUUAAGAAGUUUUGUUCAGACUUGGAAUUUUUGGAUAUUGUUGGUGACAGAUUAUUUAAUGUUCACAGUCGUGACCUUCACUGUUCUAGCCAACGACUGUUUAGUUAUGUCCCUAACGUUUCAUAUUUCGACACAAUUGAAGAUUCUUAAUUUUCGCCUGCGAAAAUCUUGCAGAAGCUAUGUAGACUCUGCUGCGAGUGAAAUAUCCGAAAAUGGAAAACCAAAUAUUUUUUAUUGUCCACAAACUGAUGUGGGAACAGUGCGUUCAGCUGCUAAUCAAGAAUUGAUUUAUUGCAUUCAACAUUAUCAACAAAUUGUCCGAAUGGUGGAUGUAAUGCAAAGUGUGUACGGAAUUAUUCUAUUUCCGCAAUUAGUUUCAAGUGUGGUAAUGAUAUCUCUCACUGGAAUUCACUUAUUUGUUACGAAAACAGUCAGCCUCAGUAAUCCCAUUCCUGCUGGACAAACAAUUCUGGCUCUGUUGAGCAUUUUGUUCCAAUUAGUCGCCUACUGUUGGGGCGGCAAUACAAUAAUUUCGGAAAGCGAUCUCGUCAGCUCAGCAACAUACAAAUCGAACUGGUACAAGGCUGAUAAGGAAUUUCAGACAAACAUGCUAAUUUUUGCUGCGAUGACUCAAAAUCCCUUAUCACUCAGUGCUUUUGGCCUCUUUGAACUUUCAUUACCUACUUUGAAAAAUGUACUCGUUAAAUCUUACUCAGCCAUGGCACUAGUGAAGAGGGCCAACGAAUGAGUAAGGGAUAGUGGCUGUAACAAUCAGAAACUUCCGCUUUAUGUAUGUGGCCCAAUUCUAAAUAGCUCAAUUUGAUAUUCAAGAGGAAAACGUCGAAUACCUUAAAUAACAAGAAUUAAUAAGAGGACAAUAAAUGAUAAUUUCGUGUUACUGAAGACCCACCUUCUCGCCUACUAUGUGUUAUAUCCAGAAUAAUUAUCAUUUUUCACAUGUAUAUUGAAAGUGAUUAAAUGUGAAUGUCACCAUAAACGUUGACAGCACACGGGUCAUUCUACUUCUUAUAGAAAGAGAAGACGUAUGACAUUUUACACUUGCGAGUAGGUCUUUGCAUCUGACGACAGUUCAUCGAAGACAGGAUUGCUUCAUAGACGUCAAAUAUGGUACUCUGAUAAGUAUAAAGUUAAAUCCGAAAGACAAUCGAAAAAAAUUGAGUCAAUUAAAUAGUUUAUUAUUUAAGUAAAAUACAAAGCUUAAUAUUCAUCCCACACGGGAGACUGCACUCUUCUUCACAGGUUUGUGAGUUCGAUCAAGGCCUACAGUUAGAUCGUACAGAUCUGGAUUCACGAAGGUACCUUGCUUGUCGAUUAGAUGGAAGAAGCGGGUGCCUUUUACCCUCAGAGAGAUAAAAGUUCCAACAUCAUUUCGGUCUUUCUUGACAAUAAGCUAUAAGACAGAAAUUUAAUUCCUAUUAGGCCAUAAAAUUUCGUACUUCCCAAUGAUUUAAGGAUAUCUCCAAGUACUUUGGGUUUUUUGCUCUCGACACGAGACGGAAUCAAAAAAUCAUUGAUCUGUUUUACGAUACUUUUGUCAGCUCAGUAAACCAUCAAAGUUACUUGAUUAUCCUAAAUUGAAUAGAUUUUUGGAAAUAUUACAUCUUCGAGAGGCACAACUUUGGCUAUAGACUCUUUAAAGGGAUGAUAGGUCACAAGCGUCGCACUGGUUCCUCCUUUGUUCAAGAUUAUGUAUUUCAGAGAUUUGCGGAUGAAGAUCCAGAUCAACACAGAGGUAACAAUCGCUGAAUAAAUGAAGUAAAAAUGUAUUAUUAUUAACUUGACUGAAUGACAAAAGUUGAUUUGUUACAGAGUUAAUUUUUUUCGGUAAACCAACGGCUUGGAAAAAUGCUACCAUAAUAAACGAUCUUCAUUCGAAGUUGCUCCGGUUAGUACGAACUCCAAUACAUUUUUCUUUACUUGAAAAGCUGGAAACAUACCUGAGAAUGCUGAGAAAAACCACAAUACCCCCGACAAAUACGCCUUUUUAAAAUAAUCUUUCCAUGUCAUAUCAUUUCUGUAUAUCGGAAUGACUGUCCAUGCAGCAUAACUGCACGUCAUCAGUACCGUAAACUGUAGGACAGUGAAAAUGGCAAUGUUUCUAAAAAACUUUGGGCGUUCGAAUUUCCAGAGAAGAACAUUGUUGGCUACAUUAGUGUUUAUCUUGAUGACUGAUUGAUCCGCAAAAGAUCUCAUCAAUUUGGGAAUCAAAAAUUUGGGGAAUGAGGAUCUCAAUGUUCUUGAAGUCUCAUGACACCUGGAAAUACAGAAAAAUGACAGCAAUCAUGACAGAAAAAGUAUGCUCAGUACAUUUGGACACUAUUUUUUAAAUAUUUCCAGCACGAGUGGAUUAAUUUGUUUAUCAGCUAUUUCUUCUGCCUCUUGAUUUAUUGAACAAGUUAUUGAUCACACGGAGUGAAAUUUCGUGGGCUAAAUAGCAACAGCAUAUGAAAUUCUUUCUUUUCUUGGUUAUAUUUGAAGGUAAGGAAUUACUCAAAUACAGAUAUGGAGGACUCCAUACCUUUUAGUUUAAUUAUCGGAGAAAAAAAUAAACAAAAUAACUGGUAAUAACAAUUGUGGUACCUCGACUGUAGUCCCCAUGAUCUAACAAUUCCAUAACAUCGCACGUUAUCUUUGGUCUGAACUGCUGUCCGCAGUAAAUUGAAGCGUAAAGAGGAACUAAUUUUCCCCAAAUUACUGAACAUUAUUAACUUUUUCUUAUUUACUCAAUAUUUACAUCGAUUGAAGCGGUUAAUAAA